AGCUGGUAGAAUACAGUCACGAACAUUGCAUUUCUUAUUCUCAGACUUACUUGAUGAACACGUAAGUGAUCGAUGCAAAGGAAGGUAAUUUUGUAAUGUUUAUUUAUUCAUGAUUGUUGGACAGUAGCGGGAAAGUGAAGUUGAGACAUCAUAUACGACUGUGAGUUGCCAAAGAAGAGGCGUUUCUUUUGCAGCUAAACGGAAAGACGUAUAGAAUACAUGUAUUCGUGAAGUUGGAAGAUUUAGGUAAGAAUCUUGAAAGAAGUUGAUAACUAAAAAAACGACUUUGAUUGUUAUCAUGUGGGAAGCAGUGUCCUCUCUAAAGCGCCGAGGGAGUGGAUUCAGGCCAACUGGCAAGUCAGAAUCUGAACUGGUGACUGAAUCUUUACUAACAGAGGUGGAGACGAUGAUCAAACAACAUCUUGAAGAAGAAAGGAAAGAGAGGAAUAGUGACCAGAAAUCAGUUGAUUACAGCUGGUUAGCCACUGAUCAAACGGUCAGAUCUUAUGAUAUCCCGCCUAUGAAAAAGCUCGAACUGGAGUCCCUUUGUUCACAAGUAAAACCAACAGAUUGUAAUCAGGUCAUCAUUAGGUUCAGAGAACAUGUAUCACCAGGGAUGACACCCGGAGAGAUUGUUCAAGUAAUGAGAGACCUAGUAACAGAUGCUGUUAAUGUACCUGUUACUCUACCUAACAGACGAGUAAAAAGUGCAGCACUCGAGAGAGUUGCUAGUUUGGCCUGGCUUCGAGGACCAUCUAGUAAAGUGUCUCCUUUUGCCAUGGUCCGAAGAGAUAGCAAUGUUGAUGUCAUGAGGACACAAAGUGUUCCAACACUCAGCAGCCGGGUAGAAGACCUCCCAGUGUAAUAACUACAACUUGAUAUCUUACAAGAAGACCUUCUGUUGUCUAUGGGUUAGUAAAUGCACACACAUAAUUCACUUUUAACAGAUUAAUUGAUUCAACGUAGAAGUAAACUGCUUGGCACUCAAACAACAAACAUUCCUGUGUAAAGGAUUAACAAUAAAAUCGUUUCCCAGCAACCUGAUAUUGGCGUAGGAACACAUCUUGACCUGGAUGAGCUAAAGGGCCAAACAUCUAAUGUGCGAGUCUUUUUGUGUGUGUGACAAAGACAUCCUCCAAAGGGGUGGGCUUAUCUUUUAAAGAAAUUGAAAAUCUAAAAGUGAUCUUCCUUCUACUUCCUACAUUCUGAUAGGACAAAUUAAAUGGGGCAAUGGAACAGAUUUUUUUCAUAUAGAUUACUCCUUAUGUUGUAAGUUUUAAAGCUCAUAUCAGCAUUGAGUAAACCAAUGAGUAAGCUGGCCCAGUAGAAAUUAACUUUUGUAUAAUUUCUAUAAUUAUGUUAUAAGGACUAUUUUUCCAUUGGGUUGCAAAGUGUAUGACAGCAUGUAGUAUUUUUUAUUCUUUGUUUUUGUAAAAUUAUACAUUACUAUUAUAUCAGACCAUAAAAUGUUUUUGUGGUAUUCCACUGAAUAACCUAUAUAGUACACAAACAUCUGGUAUUCGCAAUAACUGAAGAUUCACAGACCUAUUAUGGAACAGGACAGGUAUAUUGAUUUAUUACUCGGUGGAAUGAAAGAUACAGGACAGGGUGUUAAGUUGAUAUGAAAAUAAUCACAUUAUUUGCUGGUGCAAGUAGAAGGUAAAUUCAAAUACAGGCUGAUCAACAAGUGGAAAUAGAUAUCGUAUUAUUAGGCUAACAAAAAAUAUAAUGUAUUUAAAUAAAAAUGCAAAGAGAGCAAAAUGCAAUUAAUUAAACAAAAAUGAGCUUUACUUGAAUUCAAGAUAAAACACUCACGAUAUACAAGUUAAACACUUGUGAAAGAGAACUACAAGACUCCAUACCAGGUCUUUAAUCUUCCAAAACAGAAAUAAAUCUGAUUGAAAAUACCAAAACUGCAUUUAAAAGUUACCUUCAACAUGUAUCUGGCCAAUCAGAAAUAUGUAUCACAAGAACAUAGAAGUAUGUAUGCUCCAUAUGACAGUUGUAGAGCAGUCUUACGUAUGAAAGACAAAGAAAGAUACAAUACAAUUAUUUAUUGAAACAGUAGAUGGUUUAUAUUUAGGGCUGAACUAACACAUGACCUCAGCUGAAUUUAGUAUGUUCAGAAUUAGCCCAACUUAAAUGUUAGAUUAUGCAUAGAGCUCCAGCACGUUCGAGUGUCAAAUGAUUACCUUUGAGGCCUUUACUGUACUUUUUUUUCUUGCUUUCUAUACACGAAAAAAAAAUCCUUUUAAAAUCGGAGGGAUUUACCAAACCAUCCACCCACCCCCUCCCAGCUCCUUGGUUCCUACGCCUAUGUUGAGUCAAUGUUAAUAUUCAUUGUAACUUUCAACUGAAUAUUUGUGUUGAUAAACUCGGUGUAAUGGCUAAAUAUGUAAUUAAUCUUGUAUUAUUGGAGGUUUAAUUAAAAAAUGGCUAAGUGCAUUUUAGAGGAUCUAAGUGUAAUGACUAAAUAAAUAAAUGAUAAAUUUUACUGUUGAAAGAUGUGAUAAUAAGACGAAUAAAUAAUUAAAAGACAACAUAUUGUUGUAAGCCUUAGUAGUUGUACUAAAUAAGUAAAUGGCGAAUUAUACUGUGAAAAUAUUAGAUAAUAUAACGAAAUAAUACGUAAAUGAACCACUAUAAAUUGUAAACUUUCAAUAGAUAAUUAAAUGCAUUAAUUUACUUUUGGAAGUCUUAAUAAAUAAGUAAAUUAUUUAAUGAGUUGUUAUAAGACCUGAUAUCGCAUUGUUGGAAUCCCUUAUAAUGUAAUGAAUAAGUGUGUAAAUGACACUUUGUAUUCUUGGAAGACUUAAUAAAUAAGUAAAUUAUUUAA